AUGAUUGUGACAAAACAACUUCUUUGUCAGCUAUUUUCUGGGCAAUGUCAAUUAAAAUCUCUUCGACUUGAUAUUAGCAAGGAAUUUAUGAAUAGUGAUAUUCAUAAAUGUUUAUCAUCAAACUCUUGUCUUUCUUCCAAUUCUAUUCGCUAUCAACCUCAAUCUUGUUGUAUGACUCUUCGCCGUUUAUUUAUUCGACGUAAUUAUGCAUAUUUUCUUGAAAAUCUUAUUGAAUACGUACCCAAUCACGAACAAAUCUCCGUUCAGUUUGAUUAUUCAUUGAGAUUUAAUUCAUCAUGGACAUCAAAUAUAGAAACUUCGGAUUAA